AUGGUCAGAAGACAAGAAGCUAGAGUAUCAGCCUCAGAGCCUCGCAUGCGUAUCCGCGAGCUAUUACCUACCCUCUUCCUCGGCGACCAUCAACCAGGACCAUUAAACUCUUUGACUGAUGUGCCUGGUAUUGGGGCCUCGACUCAAGAGAUCACAUCCACAGACAAAAGCAUCAACACUGGAGUUACAUGUAUCACUCCACGAGAAGACUGGUACUACAAAGCUUGCUACGCUGGUCUCUUCAGCUUCAAUGGUUAUGGCGAGAUGACCGGAGCUCACGAACUCACCGAGAGUGGAUUGUUGUACUCGCCUAUCAUCUUGACUGGUACGUUUGGCAUAGGUGCAGCUCAUCAAGGAGUGCUCAAGUACGGUGUCAAGACCUUGGGCAAAUCAUUCAUGGCGUUGCCUGUUGUUGCAGAAACGUACGAUGGAUAUCUGCAUGAUUGUGCUUCCUUCGCAGUCACGCCUAAGAAUGUGGUCGAGGGGUUAGAGAGUGCGAAGACAGGUGUGGCAAUGGACGAAGGAAAUUCAGGAGGUGGAAACGGCAUGAUCUGUCAUGGGUUUAAAGGUGGCAAUGGGUCAUCGAGUCGACGUGUCAAGAUACCAUACCGCAAUGAGACCUUCACAGUUGCUUGCAUGGUUCAAGCGAACUAUGGAGCCAUGAAAGAUCUUCGCAUUGCAGGCGUACCCGUUGGUCGCAUCCUAGCCGACGAAGUCGAGCAAGAUGGAAACAGGAACAAGGCAAAGCAAGAGCUGGAGAAGGCCAAAGAGGAGAAGGAUGGCAGCAUAAUUAUCAUCAUCGCUACAGAUGCACCACUGCUGCCCCACCAACUUACUCGGAUAGCCAAACGCGGUACCGUUGGUGUAUCUCGGGUCGGUGGAAUCGGACACAACAUGUCUGGCGAUAUCUUCCUGGCUUUCUCGACCGCUAACGAGAUCCCUGUCAAUCAGCCAAGACUAGUGGAAGGUGAAAGCAGAUCAACGAUCGAGAAGGUCAAGGUGGUGGAAGAUUCGGCAAUGUCCUCGCUGUUUGAAGGUACGGCAGACUGUGUGGAGGAAGCGAUCUACAACUCUUUGUUCAUGGCAGAGACGAUGGUAGGUCUCGAUGGACACAAGGUAGAGGCACUGCCCCUGCAGAGGGUCAAAGAGAUCAUGAAGGAGUAUGGUAGAGCAUAA